AUGGGGAUUAUACUGGAGAAUGAUUCAGUACAGGAUAAACAGCUGGGAAAUGCCAUUAUACACUACAUGGACAUUCCAUACUUCCAUAACAACACGUGGUAUCUCUCUCUUUGGAAGAGACUGCAUCAACUGAAGCAGUCCUCUGAGAUUCUAUUUCUUAUGCGAAUGAAAGGUAUUGGAUUGCUAAGCUCAUGGAUAUAUUUGGAAUUGCACGAGCACUUUGUAAAAAAAGGGUGUAAAUCGUGUGCACACGCUGUGCUGAUAGAGGGCAUCAAAGCGCAGGCACACCCCAUAGAAUUGCUUGAGGAGAAGGUAAACUACUCAAUACAAAAGGAGCACUCAUUGGAAAAGCCUGACAGAAUAAGACUGUUUGGAAGAGAGUGGGCAUGCAUUGUGGAAUACAUGAAUCUGGCAGAUCUUCUUCAAAAGGAGAGUGAGUGCAUUGCGUACAUGGAGUACAGAAUUAUACAGCACACCAGAAAAAGAAAGAAAAUAGAUGAAGAGGAAACAGAAAAGGGCUUGAAUGAAGUUUCUCUUUUAUUUGGAAGGUCAAAGGGGAGAUCUUCAAAGGAUAAAGACAAAGAAGAAAAAGAGCCAGAAGUAGGCGAUCUAUCAGACUUUUUGGUAAAACGAAAAAAACAGGAUAUUUCUGACCAAAAUGAUGCAAUAUUAGAGAGCGCGUCUCCAAAUCAAGAUACACUAGAAGAUGCACCCAGAACCACUGCAGCACAUAAUACACCCGAACCACCUUUUUUGUGCGGUGUACAGGAGGAGGGGAAUAAGUCUCUUGACAUAAAUGAACUAAGCCUGCCAUACACGGAUAAUAUACAGGAAGUGUACACAGAAGCAUUUACAAAAAUAGCAGAGGAGCAGGACAAGAUAGCCACGGAAGACCAAGGAUUCUUAAUAAGCAGCCCUCCAAACCAACCAGAGCCUGCCGAAACUCUCUCAAAAGCUAUCAAUAUGGACGUGCUUGAGGGAAAGAAUGUGCUGUGCCGCCAGCAGAGUAUUCUUAACGAUGGUUCAUUGUUUGGGAACCCCAUGGUGGGCAGCAAGCUUGUUAUUAAAGAAAUGCUUUAUAUUGUCAAGAAACAGCUUGGCGGAUCAUCCUUUCUGGUUACUCGCAUAGCCAGUCUGGGGGAUGGAAAUAUAACCCUCAAUGCCAGGGACUAUGCGUUGCAGUGUAUUGAGAAUGUAUCAGAGUAUAGUAUAUCAAAAGAGCUGGAGCAGACAGGGCACAGUGUUCCAAUAGAAGUAGCAGUCAAUUACUCAGACAAGCUCAUUGCUCUAUCUGCUUAUAAGGAAAUGGGCUCUUUAGAUAGGGCUGUGCAUCUUAUUACAGAAAAAACUGGAUACAUUUCUGAAAUUCUAUCCGCACACUACAUAAAGGAGAUUCUUCAGAUAGGAAUAGCCCUGCACAAAAUUGGAUAUGACAUAUCAGGGUGUGUUCUAAAGGAUUUUGUACUGGCAGUUGACAACGGACAGAUAUCAAUACGGCUAGCAGUGUACAAGAAUGUUCGCGUGGGAACUGCUUUUACAGUAGAUGAAUGCAAAGUAUUUGCAGAUAUUCUUAAAAACACUCGCAUAGAGAAUACGCAGACACUGCUCACGCGCACACUCCCGCCCGCAGAGUGGCUGCUUAAACUUACGUCAUACACGACGCAAAAGAAAGAAGCAGCCCUGCUGCAGAGUCUCUUUAUUACCCAGGAGGUGUGUAUAUAUGAAGAGGCCCAGCUGGUGUGAGUGAAUUCCAGCGAAUGUUCAGAGAGGAAUAAUGGGCCUAAAGUCCGUUGUAAAUAAAUG